CAAGAGCCCGCAGCCCCUCCCCGCCGCUGCCUGCGGGAGUGGGAAUAAAGACAGAUAGCGGGGCAGGCACCGGCCGGGCGGGGAGGGAGAGCGCAGAAAGUUUCCUGUGGAGCCCGCGGGCGGCAGCAGCGAUGCCCGUGCUGCGCGGAGCGCUGGGGCUGGGCGGGCGCCGGCGGCCUUAGGGGGGGCGAGAGCGGCGCGGGCCCCGUCAGCGACUCCCCGGCCCGGCCCGUCCUCUCCUCCGGGCGGCGAGGAGGAAGAACUCCGGGCAGGGACGGGAAAGCGGCGCCGGCCGGAGCGCGGGGAGGGGAAGCGGCACCGCGGGGACAGCCGCCGUCGCCAGCAGAGCCCAGGGGGAAAGAUGAGCUUGUUGUCAGCCAUCGACACCAGCGCCGCGUCCGUCUACCAGCCCGCCCAGCUCCUCAACUGGGUCUAUCUUUCGCUGCAAGACACGCACCAGGCCAGCGCCUUCGAUGCCUUCAGACCCGAGCCCUCCUCGUCCCAACACCCUGAUCUCGGCUACACCAAGAGCACCCCGGAGCUAGGCUCUUCGCUCAGCUCCAGCUAUCUCAACAGUUUCUUCCAGCUCCAGCGCAGCGAGGCCCUAAGCAGCAGCCUGUACAAGAGUGCAUCACCUUAUGGCUCCCUUAAUAACAUUGUGGAUGGGUUAAGCUCCCUCACUGAGCAUUUCUCUGACCUAUCCCUUUCUUCAGAAGCCAGAAAACCCAGCAAGAGGCCACCUCCUAACUACCUGUGCCACCUCUGCUUUAACAAGGGACACUACAUCAAAGACUGCCCACAGGCUCGUCCAAAAGGAGAAGGCCUGACUCCGUAUCAGGGCAAGAAACGCUGCUUUGGUGAAUAUAAAUGCCCCAAAUGCAAGAGAAAAUGGAUGAGUGGAAACUCCUGGGCCAAUAUGGGACAAGAAUGUAUCAAGUGCCACAUUAACGUUUAUCCUCACAAACAGAGACCCCUGGAAAAGCCGGACGGCCUGGAUGUUUCGGAUCAGAGCAAAGAACAUCCCCAGCACCUGUGUGAAAAGUGCAAAGUUUUGGGCUACUAUUGUCGCCGUGUGCAAUAAGCCUUGCAAGUGGCCUUUGCCAUCCCUCUCAUCCUUCAGCAUCCUCUGGCAGCAUGCCAUCAACAGCAACACAACAAACCAAGAGGAAAGCUCCAAUAACUGCCAACACUGCCUAUCUAAUAAUAUGCCUUACCACUGAGAGAAUGUAGUGUUUCUCCUGUGCAUGCACGGGCAUGCCACAGGUACUUACAGGACUAUGAUUUGUAUGCAUACAUAUAUAUGUACGUUUAUAUAUGUAUAUGUACACACACCUAUGUAAAGCGUUACUGAUAGUGUUCACCACAGAACCACGGCCACAGGUUCUGCAGAUUGUUUACACAAACCUUAUUGUCAUGGCCAGGUGAAAUGAAGUACUAUUUAAUAGGCAAGGUAUAAUAGUCACAAGGAGUAUGUUACAUGUAUGGCUUUUGCAGAGGUUAAAUAACUGUGGGGCCACUAAUUGCAAGCACUCACCCACAGCUUGAACGUUAUUCCUAUUAUAUGACAAGACAAAGGAAGGUGAAACAAGCCACAGUGCAAAAGGAGGAGAAUUCUUUCUUCAGUUUCAGAAAGCCUGACAGUUUUGUGCUGCCAAUUUCUUGGACUUCUUCUACUUGUUACCAUCACUUGGACAAGGCUUAGGCAAAACCAUUUUUGCAGAAUGUAGCAAAAAAAAGUGAAUAAUUGUUUGAGGGUGUGGGUUGGUUAGAAAGGGAACACCAUAAUGAGACCCAGAGCAUCAUGACAGAUUCCCAGAGGUUUUUGGAGGAGACUAAAUUGACUUGGUUGUGCAACUAAUAGAUCUUUCUCUUGUCAUAUAAUCCCACUGAAUGGUCCUUGUACGUGUAUGGGGUGUAGUCAUUAGGCCACAGGCGCAUUAAAUUUACUGUGAACAAGGGGGAUAAGAAUACUCAAAACCACCCCCAAAAACCUUGAUUGAAAGAUUAGCCAAACUUACUAUCAUCGUUUUAAAGCCACUUUCUGGAAGCAUUUGUGUGUCCUGUUUUCUACUGUACAAAUUUGUUGUAAAACUUGCUAGCCAUAGGGGUGUCCUGCAGCACAGAGAACACUCCAUAACCUCCCCUCUUUACGUCUUCCCGAAACACCUACGUACCUGAGGAGCAAUGCAGGAGUUACAUUUCAUUGUCCCAUUUCAGGUAGAACUUUGUACAGGGGCAUCCUGCUUCAAAGGAAUAUCUCAUCAGGGAUUGGGAAAUAUCAUCAACUGAAUGUACCUCGAGACAGUAUCCUGUUUGCAUGUCUACCGAAGCGCAUAGUGGCAAAAGGACACAACAAGCAAUUCACCUGAAGCAUUCACUAAAAGCCACAGGGAUGAGGCUUGUUUGGAAGGCUAUUUUGAACAACUUCUAUUUUUAUGAAGUUUCCUUUAGAGAGAUAGAUUUGUGUGAAAGAUACUUAGUGGAAAUACUUCAAUUCCUAAAUAACUUGAUGUGAGUUAAAUUUGGGUUGAGGAUUAAUUCCAUUAAUCCUGAGACAGAGGAGGUUUUAUGCCAAGUGAUUACAGGACAUUACCAGCAUGUACAGUCAAGCUCUUGUAAAGCUAACUGAACAGUCACCAUUCAUACAGGAAAUGUGAAGCCUUUCACAAACUUCUGCCAUUUCUCAGCUUUCUUUUAAGCAAGGCAAAAUUGUUUCUGCUUAUUCUGGUGGUAGUGUCACGUAGCUGUCUUUCGAACAUCAUUGUUUAUGGGUAGCCCAAGUGAUCCAGCCCUCUGGAUCACUUCUGGAACAAGUGAUGAAAAUGAGGACCCUGGCUUCUGACCACACCUCUUUCAUUAGCUGCCUGAUUUUGAGCAAGUCACAAGAACCUUCCAAACCUCAGUUUUCCCAACUGCAAAAAUGAGAUUAAUACUACUUUUAGUAUACCUGUCUCAUAGGAGGGCUGCGAGGCUUACUUAAGAUCUGAAGAGGUUUGACACCAUUGGAUGAAAAGUGUUGUGUAAUGCCAAAAGAGUAUUAACUAAAUGAAUAACUUUGUGACUUCUUUUGCCCAGUUGCCUAGCCCAUCAACUGAAAUAGCUGAAAAUAAUAUCCUUGAAAGUUAACUCUUAAAGAGUUCAGUUUCUUCAGUGGAGAAGCAGUUUCACCCUUUUCAAAUGGAAAUGCAUUCUGUUGCACUGACUCGCACAUUACCUUAGGGACAAAGUCUCUAAACAAAGAUUCUAAAUCUUCCAACACCCAUAAGAAAAAAAGAAAAUACACCAGCAAAUCUAGAGAUGGAUUUUUCAAAGCCUGACCUCUAGUAGUCAUCUCAAUAGCUUGUUUCAAAUAGGAGUGAUUUUCCAAGAGCCACUUACUAAAUCAUAUCUUGCUUUUUCAUCUUCAGCACUUAGUAGUACAUGGGGGAAAAAAACCCACACAACCAACCAAAAAGAAACCCACACACUCAGCAAACACCACCAACAGAAAGCAAACACAACAACAACCUUAAGCAUCCUUAGAUGAAGAUAAGGGGGAAAUGGCCUUUUCUCCCUGAAACUAAUAUUUUUACUGUGUUCAAUUUCUAUCUUAUGAUAACCACUAGGUCAGCAAAAUACCGCACCUCUUGAUAGAGCUACAUCAGUAUAGAGCACACCACGAGGUUCUGAAAAGGUCAGCUAUGAUAACAGUAUAUGCAGUUGUUGCUAUUUUUCACUACAGUGCCCUUUUAAAUUUUGUUUAGCCAAAUUAAACACUGCAUGGCAAUGCCUUUAGUUUGAAUGUUUAGGUGUUAAUGAGAAAUACGCAUGAACAACUUCAAUAAUUAAUAUUUAUAGGUGUAGAAUAAUAAUAAUUCUUGAGAGCAUACUUAUGAGAGUUCACUAUUUAUAUCACUGAUAUUUUCCUAGGCAGCAGACUUGAGAGAGUAUUUAAGUAACAUUUAGCAUAUUUAAAAUAAAGAGAAGAACAGAUUUUUCCUGCACUCACGUCGGGUGAAAGCAGAUAAAGAACAAAGCAUGAGGAGAAGCAAAAAGCAACACUGCCACAGUACUGCCUAACUCAGAGAUUGCAGAUCCAUUGCAAUGCAGGAUGCAGCUAUAAACGUGCCCUGGCCACCCCAGGGCUGGAAUAAGCCUGCUUGCCUUGCCAUCCCUGCCAAAAGCGAGGUGAGGAGGAGGAGUGACCACGGGGAGCAGCCACAACCCCGCUCUGUAGCCAUGGGGCUGAACUCUGACUUCCCCCCCAGCUAUGUGAGGAUAUCCCCUUGUUUUUAGUUCUCUAUACACAGGGCUCUAACCUGUCUCCUUUAGAGAGCUGGUGCCUGGGGAAGAUCAGCACCAAGCUCACACAAGGGGAGCCUUCCUUUGACCCUCCCUGCAUCAGUUUUGCUCAUAGGAUUGUAACAGCUGGCCCUGGGCAUUUGCUCCACACUUAUCCAUGCACAUUUUGCAAGUUGCUGGAAAAAACACAUCUGCAGAAGGAAUGUACAAUAGCUUAUGACCAUUGCCUUUCAGUUCAUGUCACAGAAGGGAAAUUCCUGAAUUGUUAUUGAAAGAAAGAGAUUUACAAUGUAGAUUUCUUCUUCCUCUACACCACCCCACUCCCCCGAGGUAAUUCACCUAUAGACCUAUUUCCAAACUGGGAAAAAAAACAACAAUCUUUAAAAUUCAGAUUUUUUACAGGAAAGAGGAGGAGUUGAUGUACCUCUGAAGUUUCUCUGACUGAUUUCUCAUGUUCUCUUUAACCAGUUCUGCAUUUAGAACAUCAGCUACUAAUCUUUGAAAGCAUUUUCAGGCAGUCUUACAAGAAAUGAAGCAAGCAUUUAUCAAGAGAGUUCCAAAUCAAUACAAGCCUCUCUAAAUUGGGUAUUCUUUCGGAGGGCAAGGAGAAAUUUGGAUCUGUACUCUUUAUUUGGCAAACUGUAUUUUUAACCGCAGAUGCCUUCUGUUACUUUCCUCCCAAUCCAUCCAGCAACAUACUUUUUUGCCUUCUCUCUUUCCCCUCCUUUUAAAAAAGAAAUAAAUGGAAGUUGAAAAGCAAAAAAAAAAAGCACAACCUAAACACAAUUUGUUUCCUCAGCCAGUCAGAACAUUUCAUCCAGCAUUUGUCCUUGGCAUUGGCACUGCCCUGGAGAAAAGCAUCAGUGAUUUAAAAUGUGUGGCGUAGGUUUAGUUGCUUUAACUUGAUGCAGGUCCAGUGAAGCUGUUACUUCAUUUAAUGGUGAUGAAGCAAAAUCCCUCCAGCUAAAAGAAUGCCCCCAUUUUAUCCAGGUUCUACUGCUGCUACCACAGACAUAAAACGAUGCCAUACAAGCCAAGCCGGAGGCCUUUUUUGUCUCAAAGUUGCUUUUUAAGUUCAGAUAAAUACACAAGAGUAUAUAUAUUAUUUCUGAAAAUAGGUGUAUUUUGAAGUUCCCCAUUAUAUGGGACUUAUUCUAUGAACUAAAAAUGUGAAGUUAGAGAUGUCUGAGAGAAGCCUUAUACCGAGAAGCGUUCUCAACGUUUUGCCUUUGUACACAACGCGAAGGUUAGACUAUACAUGGGUUGUACACCUGUAAUGCUCUAGUCUGAAAAAUGAAACUACUUCAAACAUUACAAAUGAAGGGCUUUUGGGAACGCCAGGCUUUCUAGAUAAGCUCUUUGGCCUGUAGUUAUGUAGAAUGGUUUCUUUUCCCUAGUAUGGAACCUAAGAGCUGUCCACAGAACAGCGUGCGAUAAAUCACCAGCACAUGUUUUUCAAGUGAAGUGAAUCGACAUCCAUUUUCCACUUGCCUUUGCCAGCAUUCUCAAGUGUAAUGGAACUAGCCCCAUACAGAAAUCAUUCUGUAAGAUACCAAUCCACUCCUGAUUGGGCUUCGACCUGUAUCCUCUUUCCUAGCUCCAAAACCACUGCUGUCCAUUCAGUUUGCUCUAUUGCUGAAGCGCUCAGAGGGCCGUUUUGAGAUCUUAGAGACAGGGAUGAUGGCUUGUGUUUCUAGGAUGACUUUCAAAGGGACAAUCGUGUGCAGUUACUAGCUAUAGAUGAUUGAUAUAAAUGUUUACCCCUGUAUGAAGUAUUUUACAGUUGUACUUGCAGAUGUGUAUUUAUCUUGAGUUAUACUUGACAUAGAGUUUCUUUCAGUUUGGGGUUUGUUUUUUUUUAAUACUAUGUGUGUAUUUUGGAGAUCUUUUUAGAUGUUAAAAUUUUUCAAUGGUUACAAAUAUUUCUUGUAAUACUGAAUUUGUUAUCUGGAAACUCUUUGCAGUAACUUCUUUUUUUUGUAUAUAUUUGAGGGCCUUUUUAGGGGGGAAAAAAAAAAGUAUUGUUUGUUUCUGGGGAAAAGUUUUUACCAUUUGGAAGCUUUCAGAAGGGCCUUCCUCUCAACUAGGAUACAAACAGAGGUAAGAGCUUUCUUGAGUAUUUUGCAGAAUUAAGGAUGUAUCCUCAAGAAAAUAUUUAUAGAAGUAAUUUACUUUUUUUUUUUUUUUACAAUGCUUUGUCUGUAUAAAGUAUGCAACAGAACUACAUUAAGAAGGAAAUAUUGUCUACAUAAAAUAUUAUAUGAGAGUUGGUACAUAAUUCUGACAAAAAAAAAAAAGCCUUGCAAUUCUUUAAGCCAUAUUGUUUUUGUUUUCCUUGGAUGAAAAUAUCAGUAUUGAGUAACCAAUGUAUUAUUCAAGUGCUUAGACUUAUAUGAAAAUGCUUAUACAGUUUAUUUAUGUGUAUGUGGGGAAGGAUUGCUAGGAAAACCUGUCACUAGGCAUAUAGCAAGUGAGAAGCAAAUAACAGUGUACUGUCACUUUAUGGUCUUGUGAGAGACACGGAAGGUGCUGAAAGCACUGUCAAGACUCUGCUUUCAGACUCUCCAAAGCACAAGUGCUGGGUUUCAAAGGGUGGUUCUUACCUUUCCCAGCAUCUAGAGGGGAAGAGGGUUGUUGGAGACACCGUUUGACAACUUGACUUUCACAACUCAUUGUAGACUGUGAGCUCAGCUAUGCAGUAUUUGCUACAGCAAUAAUAUCAGUGAAAGGAUGCAAAAGACUGAAGUAGAUUAUUGUAGGGAUUUAUGCUUAUUUUGAAUAGAACUCAUAGCAAUAUAGCAUAUGCAUGUGCACGUAUUGGAAGCAUUUUUACACUUUACAUUUCAUGUAGUUUGAUUAUGUUAUGAAGGACUGGGAUUUUAGUUGGAUAUUUUACCAUGCUAAUGUGGGAGCUCUGUCCAACCCUGUACUGGAUUCUUGUUUCCUUUAAAAGGUUAUUUAGUACAGCACUCACUGUGCUGUGCACUAGUGCUAAAACUAACACUGUAUCUUAUUAAUUUCUUCAGCUUUUAAAAGAAACCCUAAUGAUUAUUACAUGUGUUUAGCUGUACUUACUGACCUUGUCAGAUGCAGUUGGCAAUUUGUAUGAUUUCUUUUUCUGUAACUGUUAGUGAACUUGUACAGCUAAAACAAACAAAACUUAUGGACAAAAGCCUCAGAGGUACCAGUUCUGCUUCAGCAAUCGAGACGACAGCUUGCUCAUCUGGUGACUGUGUUGCUCAAGGGGCUGUAAAACCUCUGUUGUGACUUGUCCAUAAAAUGGCAUUCCGUCAUGUGCCUUAUUUUCUGGAUAGUAAGCAGCUUUUCUCUAGUAUUCUAGCAUUUUAACGCUGUAUUAAAGUACUGGGAAAAAAAAACAACAA